UGAAGUUGCAGCAUUCCGAGCACCUUCCUAUUCAUUAACUUGCUCGUUCUCACUCAAAUAUAACAGAAAACCAUACUAUUUCUGUUGUCUGAUCUGCUCUCCUGGUGUUCCUGUGUGGGGAACUUCAGCAAAGAAGAUAGAAGAGCACCCACUUCACUGUAGAGGCACAAGUGUGCUUGGAUGAUAAUGUUUCAGACUGGCCCAGUGGCUCGCAAAUGUGACUUUACAGACACAUGGUAUGUGAGUUUCAGCUAAGUACUGAGGCCAGUGGAAGAUGACGGAUGAGGUGAUUGUCAUCGCUAAGUUUGACUACACGGCCCAACAAGACCAGGAGCUGGACAUCAGGAAGAAUGAGCGACUCUGGCUGCUGGAUGACUCCAAGUCGUGGUGGCGCGUCCGAAACGCCACGAACAAGACGGGCUUUGUGCCCUCCAACUACGUGGAGAGGAAGAACAGUGCCAGGAAGGCCUCCAUCGUUAAGAACCUGAAGGACACGCUGGGGAUCGGGAAGGUGAAGCGGAAGACCAGCAUGAGGGACACGGCCUCCAACGCGGACGCAGACCUCUGCUCGGACAACGGCGAGCGGCUCUACGACCUCAACCUGCCGGCGCUGGUCAAGUUCAGCUACGCAGCGGAACGUGAGGACGAGCUCUCGCUGGUCAAGGGCACGCGGGUGGUGGUCAUGGAGAAGUGCAGCGACGGCUGGUGGCGGGGCGUCUACGACGGCCGCUCGGGCUGGUUCCCCUCCAACUACGUGACGGAGGACGCCGACGGGCUGGCGGGAGACCCGGCGGGCUCUCUGACCGAGAAGCUAGCGGCAGCCGUCCACAGCAGCAACGGCAGCCGGACGCUGCACACGGUGCAGGCCCUCUACCCGUUCAACUCGGGUAACGACGAGGAGCUGAGCUUCGAGAAGGGCGAGGUGAUGGACGUGGUGGAGAAGCCCGAGAACGACCCCGAGUGGUGGAAGUGCCGCAAGGCCGACGGGCAGCUGGGGCUGGUGCCCAAGAACUACGUCACCGUGCUCCAGAACUCCCACAGCGCCCUGGGCAACGCCGGCCCGCCCACCCCGGACUGUGACUACAUCGAGCCCUCGGCCACAGGGAGGUUCGCAGGGCGGCAGUGGUACUACGGCAAGGUGACCCGGCACCAGGCGGAGGUGGCGCUCAACCAGAGGGGCGACGAGGGCGACUUCCUCAUCAGGGACAGCGAGUCGUCCCCCAAUGACUUCUCCAUCUCCCUGAAGGCUCAAGGCAAGAACAAGCAUUUCAAGGUCCAGCUGAAGGACAGCCUCUAUUGCAUCGGACAGCGCAAAUUCAAUUCCAUGGAGGAGCUGGUGGAUCACUAUAAAAAGGCCCCCAUUUUCACCAGUGAACAGGGAGACAAACUCUAUCUGAUCAAGGCACUGUCCUGAUCCAUGGAGAUGGUUCUUUAUUUUCAAGACUCUUGAUCACUCAUGACCAA